ACGAAGAAGGCUUUUGCUCUGACGUCAUCGCGCAAAACGUGCCUCACAGCAGCAGCAACAUGGCUCUGAAUGGAGAUGAUGAGGACUUUGAGUGGGAACCUCCGUCUGAAGCCGACAUGAAGGUGAUCCAGGCGCGCAGAGAGAGACAGGACAAAAUAAGUAAACUGAUGGGAGACUACCUGCUCAAAGGAUACAAGAUGCUGGGGGAAUGCUGCGACACUUGUGGGACUAUACUUCUGCAGGACAGGCAACAGAAGAACUACUGUGUUUCUUGUCAAGAGCUGGACUCUGAUAUUGACAAGGAUAAUCCUGCUCUUAAUGCCCAGGCAGCACUGUCCCAGGUGAGAGAAAGGCAGUUAGCAUCCCAAUCCCCGGCGCCGCCCCAGACACCUGAGGCCAACAGCACCUCGUCAAUCCCUCAGCCACGUCCCGAGCACUGUGAGGGGGCCGCUGCUGGAGGGAGAGCUGCCUUACCUCCUGCUCCUGUCCCGCCCGUGCCCACUCUCUCCACCCCUCCUUCAGCUCCUGUCCUGGCUCCCACUCGCCCAGCAGUCAUCCCACAGAACACAGCCCUGCGACCCGUGGUGCAGGACGCAGAGGAAGCUGUUCUCACUAAACUGCGCUGGGCCACCAACCAGCUCCAGACUUCAGCAUCACUCGAGACCAGUAUCCAGCUUUGCAGCCUCAUCUCUAGCUGUGCAAACUCACUGCGCACGCUUCGAGAGCUCAGCCAGUGACCACUAUGGACUGAAAGAAAAAUGCUCUUUCUAUUUGUCACUGUCAUUCAAAUAGUGACUGCUUUGUGGACUGAUUUAGAUGCAUAGGGAAUGGCUGAAUAUGAAAAUUAGUAUGUAUGCCUGAAGUGCAGUUUGCUUGGCAUUUACCAUGAAUCCACUGCACUAUGACUACCCCAAAUUGUACUCAUUGAAUUACAAUUAUUACAUCAGCUUAAUUCAACUGCCCCACCACCCCUGCAGAAGUUUAGAGUUAAUUUGAUCUUGAAUCUUGUUUGAUACUUCCAUUCUGCAGUUGUUGGUAAAGCCUUAUCCUAAUUAACAGCUCAUACAGAAUGUAAUAUACAACCUUGAUUCAUUUGCCCAUGUAAUUAUAAAGCAAGUAUCAAAAUGUGUCAAAAUAUGAUUUAAUAUUGACAAGUCAGGAAGAUUGAAUAUUAAGGGAUUCAAGCUUCCUAAAGUAGAAUUGCACUUCUGAACAGCUGAUAUUUGUAAUGAUAUCUUCAUUUUGUUCUUUCCACCACAACCCUAUCAUUUCGCAACUUGAAAAACAUGUUACAACAACUGAUACAGUACGACAUAAUGGACCUAUACAUUGUGCAUUGUUAUUACAUAGUACUCAAUAAAACUGACGUAAGGAUAUUGCCUUGAUCAAGCAAACAGAAAUUAAUAAAUUAAUAUUAAAUGUUAUGUUAUGUUUUAUUGACCUAGCAUAACCUAUUCAAUGUUAUUCCUGAAGUUCAUCCUGUUUACUUAUGACUCAAUUUUGAUUUGUAUUGUAAAUAAACUGCAUACAUUUCCUUUGCAUAAGGAUAUUGCUGAA